GCUUUUUAUCUACAUAGCAAUGUUCACUACUGUGAUUUUCAUGGCUCAGUUCGCUAGAAUAUAUUCAAAUUUAUCCACAGUCAUUGACUCGGUUAGCAGAUCGAGACGAAUUUCAGUGAUUGAACGUUCCAUUGAUUAUUCGAUGUAUUUGGCCAGCAUAGUAACAAAUCAAGGGAACAUUUUAGCUGUUAACCGCCUCUCGUUCCGGUUCCUUGUUGGGACUUGGGCAUUGGUUGCCACUGUUUUGGUCAACAGUUAUUCAAGCACAGUCAUUUCUUACAUGACCGUUUCGAAAAAUAAACCAGCCAUCAACACGUUCGAAGAUUUGGUCGCAAGCGAAAACGUAGAGCUCAUUGUUCUAGCUGACACCACGACAAAGAAGCAAAUCAUGGAAGCCGAAUCCGCCGGAGCGAUGAAGACCCUUGGUGAUCAGAUACGUAACAACCCAAGUCGCAUACUAAACAACCUACAGAAAGUUAGCGACCUCUUGGAAACCGAACGCUAUGCUUUCCCCAAUCCUCAAUCGUUUUGCAACAACUUCGUCGCCAGUCAAUUCCAGAAGAAGGGCCAGUGCCGUUUUAAAACAACCGACCCACUGUCGAUGAACAUAUUUCUGUCUGUGCCUUUACAAAAAAACAGCAAAUUCACGCCGAUUUUUAAACACGCUCUGUUGCAACUGUGGGAGACCGGACUUCCUCAGCACUGGGUGAAAAGCAGUAUGCCGCAAGCGCCGAAAUGCUUUCAGAAAACGAAUCUACCAAAUACCGCGAUCCCCAAACCCAUUAAGUUGGGUGAUUUGACUGGCGCGUUCUUGAUUCUGGGUGUCGGUUUUGGUCUAGCAACAUUCUUCUUUCUCAUGGAAAAUAUUAUUCGUUGCAGAUCCCUUAGGACAGCCACGAUUGGCCAAAAAUAAGACCGAAUAAGACAAUAGAUGUGCGAUCACAUUAUGUAUAUCCGCUUUGCGCCGCUUUGUUAGCAAAGCAGGCAUAAGAACUUAAACAGACGUCAAUUUAAUCUUGUUGAGUUGCGAGAUCUUAUUGUAAUCCAUUUGCACGCAAUUCGUGUUUAGCGCAUCAGUAAAUGUUUUAGAAAUUUACCAAACGAUCGUCACAAAAUGAAAUAAUAACGGUCAGUUUAUUGCUCAGCUUAAAACAAUAAAUUUUCAACAAAAAAAGAAUAACGAUUGAAAAAGUAAUUAGAUUUACUGGAUGACAAAAAAAAUGUUCUGGAAGGUUCAAUUGACAAUGAUGGCUCUCAUCUGUUACAGCGGAAUGGAAGUCGAAUCUGUUAUGCAGACACCAAUUGGUGGCAACCAGCUU